AUGAAUUCGUUCCUGCUGAACCGACAGCUCGGCGCCAUCAGUCCACGAUCACUCGCUCAAGCACAGAACGCUCGGCUGCUGGCACAUCUACAGCCAGCCCUCGACCGAUUCGUCCUUGAAGCACCCGAUAGCCGAGCGACUAAUGAGCACCUCGGGACCAAAGAUCUCGCCCAUGCUGCCGGCGUCGCUAGCAUCGCCAUCGAUCGCUUUGAAGGGCGAUACCUGAUUUCUGGUGGAGCAGACUCUUCACUCGCCACCUGGGACGUCGAAGCAGCAAGGGAAGCGGAUCCUCUGACACAUGUGCCUUUGGCCGUAUCACCUCGUACAUCGACUCGUCUGAGCCUUGGCAUUACGCACGUUUCAUUCUACCCGUUUGACUCCCUGGCUUUACUGACGAGCGGAUACGAUGCAACUCUCAAACUCUUCUCGUCCGAGACUCUCGAAGCAUCAGCAUCAUUUGAUCUCGGUUCCGUCGUGUACAGCCAUGCGACGUCCGACAUUGCUUCACACCUGCUCGUUGCCUGCGCCUCGCAGCAUCCAGCAGUCCGCUUGAUCGAUCUCAAAUCCGGCUCGGCAACGCACUCUCUGUCUGGUCACGCCGGCUCAACGCUCUCUGUAGCUUGGCAUCCGCGCGAUGAACAUAUACUUGCUUCUGGCGCGACUGACGGAGUGGUUCGGCUGUGGGACGUUCGCCGCAGUGCUAGCAGUCUCGGAGUGCUCGAUAUGGAAGACAGCAUCGGUGUACCAGGCUACGAUGGUAGAGGCACGGGCGCGCGUCGACGAGAGAAAGGCAGGUCCCACUAUGGUGCUGUCAAUGGUCUGAGUUGGACUGAGGAUGGAAAGUAUCUUCUCUCGAAUGGCCAAGAUGAGAGGAUGCGGGUCUGGGAUAUGUGCACAGGCGCAAAUACUCUUGUCAACUUUGGCCCUGGUCUGAAGAACUCUACCAUCACAGCUUGGAAUCCUCUCAUUGCCCCAAGUUAUUUGUCAGCCGCGGGCAAUGAAGUGGUUUUCUAUCCCAAUCCGAAAGAAAUCCUCACUUUUGAUCUGCACACGGGAACCAUGGAAAGUCGACUCCGUGUUCGAGGUUUACCUGGCUCUCAGAACGAUGCAAGCACCAAGAACCCCAAAACACGAGCCACCUCUUUAGCCUGGCGAGCGCAUCAAGUGGAGCUCUAUUCCGCACAUUGCGAUGGAACGAUCCGCUGUUGGAAGCCGCAUACCCGCGAGGAUAUUCUGGCUGAGCGUGAUGACUCCGACGAUGUUGAAGCAGACGCAUCUGCCGCCGAGAGAAAACGCAAGCGCGAAGAAUUUGACGACAUGGUAAAGAAUCUCACGACCAAGAAGAUCACAUUCACGUGA